AUGUUUUUUACUAUAUUUAUCAUCAUAUAAUUAUCCUUAUGUGAUUGGAGAUUGAUCUAUAGCAAUUAUUACUCAGAAAGCAUUAAUUCAGCAAAUGAUUGGGAUUUUAAAUAAAAUUGCUCAAUCAAUUAAAUACAAGGAUCAUCAAUAAAACAAUGUGGAACUAAUCCUUUAGAAUUUUUAAGAUUAAAAGAUGAUAAAACAAAGUUAGAAAAAGAAUUUUACUAUCCUCAUUACUAAAUUAGAAUAAUAACAGAUGUUAUCUUUUUUAGAUCUCUUCCAGGAGCAGAUUCAGAAUUUAAUAUAUUUUUAGUAGACAAUUUUGGUUCUUCUCAAAUACAUUAAAGACCAUAUUAAGAGAAUGAUUUAUAAACAUAUGAAAAAGUUUGUUCUUACUCUUGUGGUGGUGGUGGAGGUGGUGGUGGUUGUAGUAAUGUAGAUGAUUAAAGAGUUGAAAUUAAAACAAUAGUUUUAACUUCAAUAGUUCAUAACACACCUAAUUUUAAUAUAUCAUAUUGUUUUAUGUAUUAGGAUAAUGACAUGAGAAUAGGAUUAAGAAAUUUUUUAAUAUAUGUUAAACCAUGUCAUUUCUCAUGUUUGUCUUGUUCUGAAAGUACAGAACUUAAUUGUUUAACUUGCUAUUAAGGAACACCUUUAGGAGGAAAAUGUCUUUGUGAUGAAGCCAAUUAAUAUGUAUAACUGUUAAUUGGAUGUACAUAAGAAUGUAAUAGAGAUUAUUAUUUAGCAGAUUCUAAGUAACAUUGCUAAUUUGAUCCAAGUAUAUAAUUAAUAUUUAUAAAUUAGGAAUAAAAUCAGAACUAAGUUAUUUUACAUCAAAUUCUCUAACAAAUGUAAACUUAUUACCUUAUUAACCUUGGACAUUUAUACCAGACCCAUUCUACUAUAGAAAUUAAGAAAUGUUAAUAUCUUGUAGUGGAAUUGAUCUUAUCGGAUAAUUUUAUAAUUAUGAAGGAAUAUAAUUAGAAUUAGGAUUAAAUAAAGCAUUGAAAUUUAUUAGAAUAAGAGUUUCGUUUUAUUUAAACAGUUGGUAAACAGAUUCCUAAUUAAUUAUUACAGUAGAUUCUUUUUCAAGAGCUUCUAUAUUAAAAACAGCUACAAAUUAUACUUAUUCUUAAUCAAGUUUAUUGUAUUAUAACAGUAUUAGUUGUUUGGGUCUUAAUUAUGAUUUAGUAAGAAUAGAAACAGUUUUAAAAACAAAUUCUUAUAAUUCUAUAAUAAGAUUUCAAGCAGUCACAGGAUUAUAAUCAGAAACCUGGGCUUUCAGAAAUGUUACUAUAGAUUAUGGAUUAUGUUAAAAUAAUUGUACUGAAUGUGAAACUUAUUCACGAUGCUUGAUAUGUGAUUCUGGUUAUUAAUUAUACAGAGGUACAUGUGUAAGUAGUUGUCCAAUACAUUCAAUUUUAUUAACAAAUGGAACUUGUUAAGAUUAUGAAGAUUUAAUUGAAAGUACACUUAAUUUAUAUAUAUUAAGAUAGUCAAUAUUUGA